UUGCCUGGGCAACUGGGGGGUGUUCCUUUGCGUCGGCUAAGAGGGCGCCUGGCCUAGUCGAUCAGGGGGUAGCCCUUUGAGGUGGGGGGUGGUGCGGAACCAGCCCCCCCCCCCGGGCACCAUCCCAGGCGCGCUUACUCCGGGGCAAACCCCGUCAUUGUCAGUGGAGCUUGCUCCCGUGUAGAUGCGAGGUUCGGGAUCGCAGCCUUGCUCCCAUAAGGGGAACCUGCCCGGGGUUGCAGGUGCGCGCAGGGCGAUCCUGUGUGCGUUGGCUCGGGAGCAAGCCCCCAGGUCACAGUUCCGGUUCUGCGCAUGCUUACCCAGAAGCAAGGCCUGUCGAUUUCAUCCAUUCAUUACUUGUUUGUACUGUAUUAUAUGCGGCUUGCUUCUGGGUACCCGGGCGCGCAAAGUCGGAGCCCUAACGGGGUAGCUCCUCCUCUGCUUUGCUUGUACCGGUAUCUCUCCCUCGCGCGCACAAAAGCACAUAAGAGACCGAUUGUUUUUGCUGCAAGCAGUCAGAUUUCUGCAGAGAUCUAAUCUGUUUGCGGUAUUUGGCUACAAAUGGACACAGGGGACAGUUCCAACCCUUUCCCUCACAUCCCGCAGUGAUUCCCCUGCAGCCAGAUGACAAUAUGGAUUUAGUGGAUUCCUUUUGGGGUUAGUGGAUGCAUGCACACAUUUGACUCUCCUGUCAUUUUAUGAUUUGGCAGGUGCAUUCUGUGCAUUGACCCCACUGAAAGAACAUUGCGCAUGAGGUGGCCUGAAAGUUCUGGCCUUGGUGUUUGCAUGAAUGAACCACUGCAGAUUAUACAAGCUGUCACGUGAUAUGCAUGCCAAUGUUUUAUUAUCAGUAUUAAUAUUUUCAUUUUAUUUCUAUACCGGUUUGAGAAAAACCUCAGAGGGGCUUACAACACAUUAAAACAUCAAAUUAAACAAUUCAGAAUAAAACAUUACAGGCAUGUGCAAGACAGCCUUCGUUCCAAAAGAAAGGUUUUGCAGGCUUUUUAAAGGGAUCCUGUCCUAGUACAGACUCCGGCCUCUUAACAGCAACCAGUGAGAAAGAUUACCUUGCUUCAGAAACAGGAAUCAACAGAUAGUAACGAUUUGCGGUUUGGAUUUCUUCUCACUGUAUAUAUCCUAAAGCAUAGAUUCAUAGUUUCAUCACAUGUCGGGGGCCCAUCAGAUCUUCGGACAUCUUGAAACUGCUGAUAUCGGUGUUAACUUAACUGAUCCUAUGUUCAAAGGCAUAUACAGAGGUACUCAAAAGCAUGAAGAUGACUUCUUGGAUGUCGUGGCUAGAGCCGUCAAAACUGGUGUUAAAAAGUUCAUGAUUACAGGUGGAAGUUUGCAAGAUAGCAAAGAUGCACUUCAGCUGGCACAGACAAAUGACAUGUUUUAUAGUACUGUUGGCUGCCACCCCACCCGCUGCGGAGAGUUUGAACAGAGCAACCCUGAGCAGUACUUAGCAGAGCUACAAGGUCUAGCUGAGAACAAUAAAGGGAAGGUCAUAGCUAUUGGAGAGUGUGGCUUGGAUUUUGACAGAUUAGAAUUCUGCACUAAGGACACUCAACUCAAGUAUUUUGAAAAACAAUUCGAUUUAUCUGAGCAAACAAAAUUACCGAUGUUUCUGCACUGUAGGAAUUCACAUCCAGAAUUUGUAGAUAUAAUGAGGCGAAACAGAGAGAGGUGUGUGGGAGGAGUGGUACACUCUUUUGAUGGCACCAAAGAGGAGGCAGCAGCUAUAAUAGACUUAGAUCUCUACAUAGGAAUAAAUGGUUGUUCCCUGAAAACGGAAGCUAACUUAGAAGCAGUGCGGUCAAUUCCCAGUGAAAGAUUAAUGUUAGAAACAGAUGCUCCCUGGUGUGGAGUGAAAAAUACCCACGCUGGAUCAAAAUAUGUAAAAACCACAUUCCCAACCAAAAAAAAGUGGGAAGAAGGACACUGCCUGAAGGACAGAAAUGAACCCUGUCAUAUAAUCCAAAUACUGGAAAUACUAGCAGCAGUACGUGAAGAAGAUCCACUAGAACUGGCCAACACUACAUAUAACAACAGCAUUAAAAUCUUCUUUCCAGAUAUGUAAAGCAUUUUAUGUAUUAUGAUAAAAACUGGUAAUCCUGUCCAUGCAAUAAAGAUUUGACUCUUC